AUGCUGCCGAACCCCCCGCAGUAUCGGCUUGCGGCGUCGCUGCUGCUUCUGGUUCCGUCCUCGCUGCUCCUCCCUCCGAGUGUCGCACUGGCUGCGGAGUCGCCCUUCGACUCUUUCGGCUCGCAAGCUGCCGCUCAUGAAUUCAGCAACUUGCUCACCGAGGCGUCGUACAAGUCCGAGUUUGACCUGUUUGGCCAUGACGUCUUUAGACGUGCGCCUCCCGGUGUGGCGCCCCUCGAGAAUAAUAAGGUCACGGCGCUCAACCUCCAGCCCGGCUCAACCGCCUGUUACGUGCUCGAGAGAAGCGCCAUUUUCGGCAACGAGGCCAAUAGCCCAUCCCAACCUUCCGACGCGUCCCCCAAACUCGUCCAUAUAUCCGCAAACACCUGCUUGCAGCCCGCCAACAAUGGGUCGGACGGCAACGGAUCGAGCGCCCCGCAGCUGAUACUCUCCGUCUCAAACUCCAGCCAAACCGCAUGCCAGACGCCUACGCAGAACCCAAGCGAAAACGGGGGUAAGAUCUUCAGGGAGGGCGCCGUCAUGUUCGGCUCAAACGCGACCGGCGACGUCUUUAUCGGCAUCACGGCGCCCAACGUCUCGUCGAGCUUCCAGGGAGUGUACAACUUUGAGUUGGCUGUCUCGCUCGACGAUUACAUGCAUCGGUUCGAAAACAGACAAGGUGCCCAGCUCUUGUGGAUGGACAGCGACUCAACCUCUGCCCUGCUCGUCACCAGGAACCUAACGGAAAACAAGGAAGACAUUCGACGCGUCAUGGGUGAGGGGCUGCCGUACGACCUCUACGUCAGCAACAAGGAGGCACCGGCCAUUUAUGGCCUGACGCACUCUGUUUGUGGAUUGCAGAACAUGGCCCAGAUCAAGGUGGGCCGUAUGAAAAACAGCGUACAGAACGGCCCUGUCGCGACCGGAAUGACGCUCAGGGGGCCGGGCAGCUUUCCAAAGCAGCAGUUUCACUUUGUCGACCUCAACGCAAGUUCAUCCUACGUCGGAAUACUUGUCAAAAAGUCGAACAUGACGGGCCUUGGAAAGAGACAAGAAGAGGGGAAUCCUGCAACUGGAAGCACCGUCUUUCAGGCAACCGAAUUCCAGACUGUGUCCGGAACAAACUGCAAAAUCGUGACGGACCUCGAGUUCUGUAACGAGAUCCAGUAUGCGGUGCCGGGCAACGAGCAAAAGUUUAACAACACGGCGCUAGCGAAGACAUACGACGACUACGCCAAAGCCAUGUAUGCAAACUUUGAAAAGGCCAUGAUGCAGAUACCGUGCGAGGCGCCCAAGACGGCUCAGUACUCGCUGUCAAGGAACUGCGAUGACUGCAAGGUGGCCUACAAGAGGUGGCUCUGCACGGUGAGCAUGCCGCGGUGCGAGGAUUUUGGCAGCAGCAACGAGCUGGCCCUCGAACGCAAUGCCAGACAGGCCUUUCCCAACGGCACACAACUGCCGGAUGACUUUAUUGACGAUCAAAUACAACCGGGCCCCUACAAGGAGGUUCUUCCAUGCGAUGAUCUGUGCUACGAAGUCGUCCAGAGCUGCCCGGCCAAGCUCGGCUUCAAAUGCCCACAGCCGGAUUUGGUGAGCUUCGGCUUCAGCUACGCACAGCGUGGCCAGAACGGGUCGACGGUAUCGUGCAACUACCCCGGCGAGGCGCGAACGCCCAUGAGCGCGGCUCGAACAUUGCUACCAGACUUGAUAGUCGUCGGCUGUUUUUCAUUGGCGGCUGCCCUGAUGCUGGGUUGA